UCACUUCAAAUGCUCUCCGUGGACGGGCGGCUCAUUGUCAGCAGAGCUGCAGCGCGAGCAGGAGGGAGAGCAGGCAGGUACGGGAGCAGCAGCAGCCCCUCGGCCAGCUGGUAGGUCGCACACGCAGACGCACGCUCGCACGGCGGUGACUGGCGCGCGGCCGAGGAGGGGCUUCGCCGCAAAUGGGCGCAUCUUCAGGGGAAGGAAGAUGGACGCCGACAGAAGCCGCUUCGCGUCGGGUAGAAGUCCUCACGGCUUCUACCUGAACCCCCCUCCGCUCUACAUCAGACCCCCCAAGCUCUCCCCCCCCCCCUUCCCCAGCGCGCCGCCCAGCGGCGACACCUACGGCGCCUUCAACCCCUCCGCGUUCUUCCCCGCGCUCGGGUUCAUCCAGAAGGAGGGGUCCCAAAGGCGCAAGAGACCUCCCCUCAAAAUGGACGCCGCCGAGGACGAGUCGGACCGAGCGGCGGAGGGGGAGGAGGACAAGAGGACGGUGGACCUCUCGCACGUCCCCUUCUCCCUUCCAGCCCGGCCCGUGCCCUCCCCGUCCCCCAAACCCCUCCCGGGCAUGAUUGAGCUCAACAGGCUGCAGCUCCACAGGUCGCCGGCGCAGGUCAAACAGGAGCCUCUCAGCCCCUCCCCCGUGUGGCCUCCUUCUCCCCUCCUCCUCCACCCCCCCUAUUACCCCCCUCUCCUCCCCUACCCCUUCUUCAUGCCCCGGCCCGUGCUGCACCUCCCCCCCGGUGCCUUCUACCCCAAGGGUGACGACGCGCCGCCCGGCCGCCGCCCCCGCGACGCGGCCCCGCGCGGCGCCGGCGGCGGCGCCGCCGAGAAGCUGGGCCUCAGCGUCCACGUGGACGACAGCUACUACGUGGACGUGGGCGGCGAGCAGAAGCGGUGGAAGUGCCGCAUGUGCGAGAAGUCGUACACCUCCAAGUACAACCUGGUCACGCACAUCCUGGGCCACAACGGCAUCAAGCCGCACGGGUGCCACCUGUGCGGCAAGCUGUUCAAGCAGCUGAGCCACCUGCACACGCACCUGCUCACGCACCAGGGCAUGAGGCCCCACAAGUGCCAGGUGUGCCACAAGGCCUUCACCCAGACCAGCCACCUGAAGAGGCACAUGAUGCAGCACAGCGACGUCAAGCCGUACAGCUGCAGCGUGUGCGGCCGCGGCUUCGCCUACCCCAGCGAGCUCCGCGCGCACGAGCUGAAGCACGAGAAGGGCCAGGAGAACGUCUGCGUGGAGUGCGGCCUGGACUUCCCCACGCUGGCGCAGCUGAAGAGGCACCUGACGGCCCACCGCGGCCCCACGCUCUACAGGUGUGCCGAGUGCCAGAAGACCUUCCAGUACCCGAGUCAGCUGCAGAACCACAUGAUGAAGCACAAGGACAUCCGGCCGUACAUCUGCAGCGAGUGCGGGAUGGAGUUCAUCCAGUCGCACCACCUCAAGCAGCACACGCUCACGCACAAAGGCGUGAAGGAGCACAAGUGUCGCAUCUGCGGCCGCGAGUUCACGCUGUUGGCCAACAUGAAGCGCCACGUGCUCAUCCACACCAACAUACGCGCCUACCAGUGCCACAUGUGCUUCAAGAGCUUUGUGCAGAAGCAGACGCUCAAGGCGCACAUGAUCGUCCACUCGGACAUCAAGCCCUACAAAUGCAAGCUUUGUGGGAAGGAGUUCAACAGGAUGCACAACCUGAUGGGCCACAUGCAUCUACACUCAGACAGUAAACCCUUCAAAUGCCUCUACUGCCCAAGCAAGUUCACGCUGAAGGGAAACCUCACCAGGCACAUGAAGGUCAAACAUGGGGUCAUGGACCGAGGCCUGGAUGAACGACUGUUUCGACCCAGAGGCCGGUUCUGCCUGUCCACUCCGAUGGGCCUCCUCACUCGCUUCAGCCAGGAGGAGCCGUUCGACCUGUCCCAGAAGCCCCCGGGCCUGCGCCUCUCGCAGUCGGACGGCGAGAGCGUCCCGGGAAGCUCGUGUCAGGAGGAGGACGAGGAGAGCUUGUACAGGAGGAGCCAGUACAGCCCUGAGGAGGACCCGCAGGAGCCGGCGGGGGAGGAGCCGUGCGCCAACGGCCAGGAGAAGGACGGGGAGGGGUCUCCGGGUGGCUCGAGGCCAGACGGGAGUCAGAAACCGGCGUUCCAGCAGAGUUCAGACGGCGAGAGCGAGUCAGAAGCUGAAGAAGCCGCAGGUCCGAGGCUCCCGCAGUCCAAGGCGCCCUACGAGUCUGAUGUAGACGUAGAGGAGCAGGCGCGCGGCCGCGACUCCGACUCAGACCCAGAGGCGGCAGAGCCAGAACUAGAGCAGCAGAGCAGGGAGAGCGUCCACGGGGCAGAGAGGAAGCAGAGCCCACCGGAGGCGGAGGGGCGCUCACGUUCCAGUGAAGAUGCAGGACCUCGGCGUGAAGAUGAGGACUAGAGGCAGGCCGGGGGGGGGGGGGGGGGGGGGGGGGGAAGGGUGCAGUACAGUAGCACCAGCGCCAGGAGAAGACGGACAUAUUGUGUUUCUCAUUAAAUAAAAGUGAAUACAAAGCUGUGAAGCAUGCUGCAUGAAUCAGACAUAUCGGUCACUGACAGGGAAGCGGCUUGGAGGUGGGGGAGCUCUGACUGGGCUUUUGUAAAUAAAAUGCUCAGAGAUGUUUAUUUUAGAUUUUUUUCUACAAAUCAGUUUGCAACCCUAACGCAAAUAUGCAAUUUUGCUUUGACCUUUUUGUGUAAAUCUACGAUCUCAAAAGCCGGAAUCAUUAACUGUUCAAGCCAUUAUGUUUGUUUUGUAGUUACUGUAUUUUGGUUUUGUUGGUUUGUCGCGCAUUAAAAGCAGAUGUGACAAAGCUUGGGUUGAAUCUGCAACAAAUGAACUGUGAUUUAAUUUAAAUUUACACUCUAAAGGAGUUUGCCAGCUCAGUUCUGGGGAGUGACUGUGUUUUCCAUGUGUGUGUGUGUGUGUGUGUGUGUGUGUGGUGUAAUGUUGUUCAUCUGAUCAUGAUUCUGACAUAAACAUGACAAUAAAAAUCAGAACCUGUGCAAGGAA